AUGUUGAGUGCACCGUCGAAUAUGCCGCCAUCAUCCUUUGCUGGCCUGCCAAUGCAGCCCCCCUUAGACGCAGCUGGCACCCUUGUCUUUUGUCCCUUCCUCAAAUGGGAAGCGGAUGCGCAGGAAGGGCUCACCAUCAUAUGCCUAAAACACUGGACAGCAAGGACUGCGAAGACAGACGGGAUGGCCCAUGACCACGACUUCGAGUUUGCACAGGGUGACCAACUGGACUACAUACUCGAUAAUGAAGGGAAUGGAUUUGAGGAGUUCCAACGAGCCCUCCAAACAUCUAUGGCUGGCACACGCCUUGACUUGUCCUGGGGAAGCAGAGGCCCUGGUGCAGCACUCGAGGCGCUUUGCCGCAUGACAGACGAUGAACUCGAAUCCCUACCCGACAUACAACCGAUCACUGUAUUAAUGCCGGGAAAACUUGUAUUUUCAUUUGCAUCGGUGGGGGUUGCCAGCGACAUCUUUUACGUGAAGGGUGGCUUUUUCAAGCUCGGUUUGCUUAACUUCCGUGGCCUCCGAGCAGCGCUAGAUGAGUACAGUUCUGAUGAGCGCAUCUUGUUCCAUUUCCCACCGCUAGAAUUAUGCACAGGUCGGUGCUUCAAUACGCCGAUCAGUUCACAGCGUUUGAGAUUCAACACAGACAAUGCGGCGAUGAUUGCGUGGGCUUUGAUGCAUCGGUUCCUCGCUUAUGAUGACUACCCGGUGGACCUUCGUGCCAAGUGGCGCAUUGAGGAUGUCAAAGUAUGA